AUGCUGCGGCUGGCGUCAUGGCCAUAUCGGCCUCAGGUGCCCCGUAAUUGCGCCCUUCGCCGCUAUCGGCCUGCGCUCGCUCGACCUUCAUUUUACGAGCGUCGCCCAUUCUCGAGCUCGUCUGCCUCCUUCCCUACUCGGUCUCAAUUCGACAGAUCUGACUUUACAAACCAACCAUUUUCCGGUGUCUACGAGUCCGGGCUGCCCACGGCCGGCCCGUUAGGAUCCACCCCAGCCUUCGGAGCUCCAAAAAUCACCCCAAAGACACUGAAGCAGUACCUAGACCAAUUUGUCGUUGGACAGGAUCGCGCAAAAAAGAUAUUGAGUGUAGCGGUAUAUAACCACUAUCAACGGGUACAGGAGCUGCAGAGACGCCAGGACGAAGCCGACGAGCUACUUGCCAAGCGUGCGCGGAGGGAUUCCGUUGAGCAUCAUCCUGUUGAGGACGAGUACCCAGGCCAACAACGCACCUCCUAUCCGUCCCCGGAAUCAACACGCUUCGCCCUCGACGCGAAUAAUCCGGAAUUGGAUGAGUCGGGGGCGCAACUAGAGCUUGAGAAAUCCAAUGUUCUUCUUCUCGGACCAUCUGGAGUUGGAAAGACGUUGAUGGCGAAAACCCUAGCUAGGGUAUUAUCCGUUCCAUUCAGCAUCUCAGACUGUACCCCCUUCACACAGGCGGGCUAUAUCGGCGAGGAUGCAGAAGUAUGCGUGCACCGACUACUAGCUGCUGCGAACUACGAUGUCGAGGAAGCGGAACGAGGAAUAAUUGUACUCGACGAGAUUGACAAGAUCGCGGCGGCCAAGGUUAGCCAUGGCAAGGAUGUGAGCGGUGAAGGAGUACAGCAAGCCCUCCUUAAGAUCAUCGAGGGGACAACGGUACAGGUGCAGGCAAAGCAGGAGCGGAGUGCUCCUCGCAGUACUGGCACGCCGAGUUCAUCAGCAUAUCCGUCGAACAACCCACUAGGCAACCCACCAUUCACUCCACCCAAUGGUGGCAUGCCGCACAAAGGGGAGACCUACAAUGUCCGCACCGACAAUAUCCUCUUCAUAUGUUCCGGCGCCUUUGGAGGACUGCACAAGGUAGUGAUGGACCGAAUAUCACGAGGAUCUAUGGGCUUCGGCCAACCAGUCCGGAGACCUCACGCAUCCACGGAGCACCCACGCGCCUCAGAUACCUCAGCCAACGAACCGAUACCUAUCCUACCAGGCUCAGAAGAGGAGACUCUAUACAAAAAGCACCUCCCAUUCUUCACACCGCCCUCAGUCUCACCUUCCCACGCCGAGCCCACCUAUUUCAACCCCUUAGACCUUGUCAACCAAGCCGACCUCCAAAACUUUGGCUUCAUCCCCGAACUCAUUGGCCGCAUUCCUGUCACCGCCGCCCUGUCCGCACUGAGCCAAUCUCUUCUCGUCCGAAUUCUCACCGAACCACGCAACUCUCUCGUCGCCCAGUACGCAACGCUCUUCUCCCUGUCCGGAAUCGAACUCCGCUUCACCACACCCGCCCUUCACAAGAUUGCCGCGAAUGCCUUCACGAUGGGCACAGGCGCACGUGCGCUCCGCACCGAAAUGGAAACAAUCCUCAGUGAUGCGAUGUUCGAGACGCCUGGAUCGAGUGUGAAAUUUGUCCUUGUGACAGAGUCUGUUGCUGGCCGCAACGAAAAGCCCGUAUACUUUGGCCGUGGUCAGGGAGGGCGGUUCCACUCUAUGAUCGCGGCAGAGGAGGAUCGGUGGGAGGAGAGAAUGCGGCAGAAGAAUUCAAAGGGCAAGGAAACAGCGCAGGCCGCUGGAUUGGGGGAGCAGCAUCCUUCCAUCUCAACAUUUAGGGAGUACCGGAGCAGGGCAGCUGGGUCAUGA